AUGGACCCCCGCGGGAUGCGGCCCGGGCCGCCGCUGCUGCUGCUCGGCUUCCUCCUCGCCGUGACCGGUAAGGGGCACCGGCACCGGGAUAAGCACCGGGAUAAGCACCGGGAGCGGCUGUCCCGGCUGCGGGUCGGGACGGGGCCGGGGAAGGCAGCGGCGGCUCCCGCGGCUCCCCCGAACCCGCACCGACGGUCCCGGGACAGCGCGGAGCUCCCGGGGCACCGGCAGCUCCCGGAGUGGGACCGGGACCGGGACCGGGCUGGGGGGGGCAGCGGCUGCCGCGGAGCGGGGCUUGGGGUGAAACCGGGGCCCCGGGAGCGGCGGCGGGGGCGCGCGCAGGUGUGCGCGCACACGCGUGUGCAGGUGCGUGUGUACGUGGGAGCGCUCGCGUGUGCACCUGCGGCCGCGCGUGUCCGCGCGCGUGCCCGCGUGUCCGAGUGUCCGUGCGCGUGCCCGCGGCCCGGGGGGCGGCCCCCCCCCGGGCGCUUUCACACGCGUGUGCGCGCACACCUGCGCGCGUGCCCGCGGGUGCGCACCUGCGUGGGCUCCGCUCCCCCCCCCACACCAACGGGGCACGCGGACCCGUUUGGGGACACCCUGGGACGCGAUUGGGGCGGGGGGGGGGACAUAAACCGUGGGAACGGCGACACCGCGAUGCCCCGGGGGGGGUCCCGUGCUCCGCCCCGCCCCCCCCCUCCCCCGCCGUGCCUCAGUUUCCCCCUCGGCACCCGUGGUGGCCGCGUGGAGGUGCCGCGCAGCGUGACGGCCGUGCUGGGGCAGGACGUGGUGCUGCCGUGCCGGUACCGGGCGCAGGAGCAGGAGCAGGUGGUGCAGGUGACGUGGCUGAAGCGCGGCCCGGGCGCGGUGCCCGCCGAGGUGGCCGUGCUGAACCCGCAGCACGGCGAGCACGUGCAGGAGCCCUUCGCCGGCCGCGUGCUGCGCCACGGCCACGGCGACCUGGGCGACGGCGCCAUCGUCCUGCGCAACGCCGUGCAGGGCGACGAGGGCGACUACGAGUGCCACCUGAUCACCUUCCCCAUGGGCAGCUUCGAGGGGCGCCUGACGCUCAGGGUGCUGGUGCCCCCGCUGCCCAUCCUGAACCCGGGCCCGCCGCUGGAGGAGGGCCAGGGCCGGACGCUGGCGGCCUCGUGCACGGCCGAGGGCAGCCCGGUGCCCUCGGUGCGCUGGGAGACCGAGGUGCGCGGCACCAACGCCACGCGGCGCUCGGCCCACGCGCGCUCGGCCUCCGUCACCAGCGAGUUCUUCCUGGUGCCCGGGCGCAGCAUGAACGGCAAGAGCCUCACCUGCGUGGUGGCACACCCCGGCCUGCGCCACGAGAAGAGGAUCACGCACCUGCUCAGCGUCGCCUACCUGUCGGACGCGUCGGUGCUGGGCCACACGGCCGAGUGGCAGGAGGGGAUGGAGGGGGCGGCGCUGACCUGCCUGGGGGACGGCAACCCCCCCCCGACCUACAACUGGACACGGGUGGACGCGCCGCUGCCCGCGGGUGUCAGGGUCAAGGGGGACACGCUGCUGUUCCAGCGGCCGCUGGCCGUGGCCGACGCCGGCGACUACGUGUGCCGAGUGUCCAACCGCGUGGCCGCCAAGGAGGCGCGGGCCAACGUCAGCAUCCGGGGACGCGCCACAGAGGACACGGUGCGCCGCGUGGACCUGGUGUCGGCCUCGGUGGUCGUGGUCGGGGUCAUCGCCGCCGUCCUGCUCUGCGUCCUCGUCAUCGUCGUGGUGGUCAUGACCCUGUACCACAAACGCAAGACCCAGCGCAUCUCCGAGAAGUACGAGGAGGAGCUGACGCUGACCCGGGAAAAUUCCAUCCGGAGGCUCCACUCCAGCCACAGCAGCGACCCCCGGGCACAGCUGGAGGAGACGCUGCAGCUGCGGACGGAGAGUCGCCAGGGCAGCCUGCGAGGGGACAGCUUGAGAGGGGACAGCCUGCGGGGGGACAGCCUGCGGGGGGACAGCCUGCGUGGCACCAGCAUCUGCUCCGCCAUGAGCGAGGAGCCCGAGGGCCGCAGUUACUCCACGCUCUCCACGGUGCGGGAGAUCGAGACGCAGACCGACGUCCCCGUUGUCCCCGCUGUCCCCGCGGUCCCCGCGCCGCCGGCGCCCGGCGCGAAGGAGCCCAAGGAGGAGGAGGAGGAGGGGGGCGGCGGGGGGGACCCCAUCAAGGCGGCCAUGACACACUUCGUGCAGGAGAACGGCAUGCUGCAGGCCAAGCCCAGCUCCAACGGCAUCUACAUCAACGGCCGCGGCCACCUGGUGUGACCGGGCCCGGGGGGACACUGGGGACACCUGGGGACAGCCAGGGCACAGCCAG